AGUCAUGGUUGCUGUGGCACUGAUUCAUGGUGGUGUGUCACCUGCAUUUUUCUCUGAGAGGCUUUACAGCCUUUUAAGACUUUUUAAGGAUCUGCAGGAACCCUGUCCACUGCCUUCCCUGGAAGACAUUGGGGAUCCAUCUUUGGUGGAGAAACUGAAGAAGAAAAAGGAGGUCGUUGAUCUGCCAUCAGCUAGAGAUGCAAUCUCAGAUGCUGCUGACAGUCUGUCUUUGCUGGGCGGCUUCAGGCACAUUAUAUCGUUGGAGGGACGUGACGAAGUCCUACAGUCUGCUACGAACUUGUAUGUUGAUGGUCGAACCAAAGAAGCACUUCAACACCUGCAGCCACCUUCAAAGCGACAUGAGGUGCAGAACCAGAACUCAGCACAUACAGCUCCUUCAGCGGUGAUGACAGCUUCACUUCUGCUGCAACCCCUUCAGGAGCCACAAAAAUGUCCCCCGGCUCCCAYCAGCGGGUUUUCACCAGUGUCCGCACAGUGUCUCUGAAAUUCACCCCACAGGACAUCAUAAUUCUCAUCAUCUGUCAGGGCACAGUUCAUCGUGCAGUGCAAAGCAUCACCAGGCGUGUCAUAAUGUCUGAGAGAGCUUAUCCACUUAAACCACUUCACAAACUUUCCAGGGCCUUGAAAUCAUGUUUUUCACAGGGUUCAUGCUGGUUCUUAAAAAGUCUAAAAUAUGAAAAUCAAAAUUUUAGGCCUAAAAAAGUCUUA